AUGCCACGUCGACAGAAGGAUGUUGAACGGGAGGCACUUCAAAUGGACUACCAUUUUGAGCACCAUCGUCAGAAUUCGUAUAGGUACAGUAUCUACGCGGGUCUUCUGUGCACAUUCCCAUUUCUUAUCCUUUUUGCGUUGUUCUUCUAUUUUUUCUGGUUUGGAAGAAGAUGA